UUUGGUUUUCGGCCUUUCUGGACCUAAACCACCCGGGAAAUGUGACAUUUCAGACAAUAGUUACUGCAUAACAUUCAGUGUUGUUCAGAGACAACUUUGAGUUACGAAAAGACCGUAUCAUGCCUCGUGAAAUAAUAACCCUCCAGUUAGGGCAAUGUGGAAAUCAAAUUGGAAUGGAGUUCUGGAAGCAGCUGUGUGCAGAACAUGGCAUCAGUCCAGGGGGUAUGUUGGAGGAGUUUGCUACAGAAGGGACAGACAGAAAAGAUGUCUUCUUUUACCAGGCUGAUGAUGAGCACUACAUCCCUCGUGCAGUGCUACUGGAUCUGGAGCCGAGAGUGAUCAACACAAUCAUGAACUCUGCCUACAGUAACCUGUACAACCCGGAGAACAUCUACCUGUCCAAGCAUGGGGGUGGGGCCGGUAAUAACUGGGCCAGUGGGUAUUCACAGGCAGAAAAGCUAUAUGAGGAGAUCUUUGACAUUAUUGACAGGGAGGCCGAUGGCAGUGAUAGCUUAGAGGGCUUUGUGCUGUGUCACUCCAUAGCUGGAGGUACAGGGUCAGGUAUGGGCUCCUACAUUCUGGAGAGACUCAAUGACAGAUUUCCUAAGAAGCUCAUCCAGACCUACUCAGUGUUUCCCAACCUCGAUGAGAUGUCAGACGUUGUGGUUCAGCCCUACAACUCCAUUCUCACUCUGAAGCGGCUCACUCAGAAUGCGGAUUGUGUCGUAGUGCUGGACAACACCGCUCUCAACAGGAUUGCGGCCGAUCGGCUCCAUAUUGAUGCCCCUUCGUUUGAACAAAUCAACCAACUGGUGUCCACAGUAAUGUCCACAUCGACUACCACACUGCGUUACCCAGGUUACAUGAACAAUGAUCUUAUAGGUCUGAUUGCCUCCCUUAUUCCUACACCCCGCCUUCACUUCCUGAUGACUGGCUACACACCACUUACAACAGAUGCGCAGGUUACGAGCGUACGUAAGACGACAGUGCUAGACGUGAUGAGGCGUCUGUUGCAGCCCAAGAACAUGAUGGUGUCUACACCUGUUACACGGCAUACAAACCACUGCUACAUCUCCAUCCUGAACAUCAUACAGGGCGAGGUAGACCCCACACAGGUUCACAAGAGCCUUCAGCGUAUUCGUGAGAGGAAGCUGGCCCAGUUUAUACCCUGGGGUCCGGCCAGUAUCCAGGUGGCUCUAUCCAGGAAGUCCCCGUACAUCCCGUCCGCUCACAGGGUGUCUGGCCUCAUGCUUGCCAACCACACCAGUAUCUCGACCCUGUUUGGUCGGACACUGAGCCAGUAUGACAAGCUCAGGAAACGCGAGGCAUUCAUGGAACAAUUCAAGAAGGAGAACAUUUUUAAAGACAAUCUAGACGAGUUUGAUGACUCCCGCGAAUCUCUACAACAGCUGGUGGAUGAAUACACUGCUGCUACAAAGCCAGAUUAUUUGUCUUGGGGAUCACAACAGGCUGGUGCAGGGGAACAUAUAUAGAAUGUCAGUGUGUGGGAUGUGAUGGGAGAACUGGAUCUGAUGGGAGACGGUCACUUGGAGGCUGGGUAGUCAUCUGCCAGGGACACCACGUGAAGAAAGAACUGGUGAAGUGAAGUUUCAGGAUCAUAUGCAGUUUAUUUAACUUACUUUACUUUAGAAUUGCCAUCCACAAAUAGAGAUGGAUGCAAUUGAAAAUCCUGACAAAAAAUCCUGAUUUUUGUCAUUUCAAAGUCCUUUAUGUUCAUUGAAUAUGUGUCAUUUUAAUAAACAAAUUGGCUUUUAUUUUAUGGAUAGUGGUUUUAAAGAUCUGUUACUAGUGCAUAACAUUCACUGUUUUGUUGACAAAUAUCAAUAAAUUCAUGUACUCAUGAGAAAAUUGUUUUGUAUAUAGCCUUUUGUUGUAUGAAGUUAUUUGUAUUUUUCAUCAUUUAACUUGCAUGUUACAUGGUGAGCUGAGAAGGACAUAAAACAUUUGGAAACAAAGCUCAACCAUCAGUUACACUUGAAAACAAACAGUAAAACCUUUGCGUCCAUGUGAAGUUUGUUUAGCAUACCAUAUUCCAGUACAAUGUGUAUCCUGAUAUAAGACACAAAUCUUCACAAUAAUGUUAGUGCACUGACAUGCUGAUGGAAGUUAAAGUAGACGUUUCUUGUAAAGGUUUGCUUUAAGUAGUAUAAUGUGCAGCUCACCAAAUGUGGGCAGAUUUAAUCUGCACCAUGAAAUUACUUAUCAUUUUGUAUGUGAUUUCUAUUCAUUUUGUGCUAGUUAAAAUACAUAAUUUAUGUGUACAUUACGAAGAAAAUAAAAUGUAAUUGAAGAGUUAA